UAAUCUCUUAUAUUCUUCGUAUUUAUUUUUUACUUUAUUUUUGCAAUUUGCGGUGACAGUAAAUAAAUAAAUGGAACCCCAGCAGGUCCCAUAAUGUCGCGUGCAGAUCACGUGACCUCAACACGGCCCUGCCUGAUCAAAUACUCCUCCGUCAUUAGCCGUCAACUAAAAAAAAAUUAUAUAAAUUGACGGGUUGAGGGAGGCGAUGGCGGUGCGGGAUGUUCCCGUAAGCACCGUCACGAUUCAUCGUCUUCCUCUUUGCCUCACUCUUCACUGCUCCACCGCCAACUGAACUGUCUUCCUCCCUCUCCUCCCCUAUUUAAUUCAUUGCAUUCGCGAAAGAUCAAGUCUUGGAUCUGUCUCUGUCGAUCGAUCGGGUGGGUUUGGGGGAAUCCAUGGCGGUUCAGAUCGCAGGCGGCUUCCUGCAGUGGUCGCAGCUGUCCGCCGCCCCGUCGCCCUCCGCCAUGCGGAUGGUUCUCUCCUCGCCCUUCCUCACCGCCGGGCCCUCCAAGCUUUCUCGAGCUGGCUCCGUCGAGCUUCGAAGAAGACGGCGGAGCGAGGAGCAAGCGCUGCGCUGCGCCUGCAGCGCGAACGCUGAGCACUUCGAAGGUGACGCUGGGGAGCUGGCGCGGAAGAUCGAGGAAUUGGCCUUCGAGCUCCAGCGGCGGAUGGGAGACGGAGGAUGGAGGUGCGAAGGCGGUGGCGCUUCCUCGGCCGCCCCCUCUGCUUCCUUUUUCAGCCCCGAUUCAGAGGGUUCUUCUGUGUCGCCUAUGCCGGAUUGGCUGUCCCUCCGGCCGGAUCCGCCAGACUGGUCCACCCAGAUGGUGCCGGCGAGCGUGGAGAUGAACGCCAACAGCGUGGAUCUGCCGCUGUCGCUGCGGAUCAUCAAGCGGCGGAAGCGGCUGGAGAAAGGGUGGUUCCGAGAGGCGAGCGAUAUGGCUUGCUGCUCCGUCAAGCGCGCCUUCUCGUCGAUGGUGUUCAUGAUCCGCGAGCUGCUUAGUUACACUCUCCAGCUGCGGGGCGAGCUCUUCCACGGAGACCUCCAGGGGGUCCUCGCGCAGGUGCAGCGCGAGAUGAAUUCUUCAUUCGUCUGGCUCUUCCAGCACAUCUUCUCCCGCACGCCGACCCUCAUGGUCUCCCUCAUGCUCCUCCUCGCCAAUUUCACCGUCUACUCCAUGGGCCACCUCGAUGCCGCCGCUAUGGCGGCGCCCAAUUCGCUGGCGCGAUCGGUGACCGAGUCGGUUGUGAUUGAGGACCACCGCCAGAGCCACCGCGACCGCUCCCCCAUCGUUAAGUUGUUCUCCUCCACUGGGCGAACUGCUUCCGUUGGAGGCAGCGGCGUGGGUGGUGGAGGGAAGACGAGGCCGGUGGCCGGUGCAACGGGUGACGAGCGGUCGGAUGAUGGAUCCUCUGUCUACCGGACGAUCCUCCCCGACGGGAUUUCGAGUGCUCCUGCUUCCGUCAACGCAGAGAAGGUGGGGGAAAACAAAAAGGGAGAAACGUUGGAUGAAGCAAGAUCUUGGAAUGCCAUCCUCGAGGAGGCGUCGAGGAUGCAAGCGGCCACGAGGGACGCGGCGCUCCUGGAUCGGGAUACGCUCCGGCGGCUCCUAUCGCCUGUGACGGUCGAGCUUGAGCCCGACGUCGACUACCCGGAAUACCUGCGCACCGAGUUGAUGUACCAAGAGGCCCUGUCGGAGGAGCCGGAGAACCCGCUUCUCCUUGCCAACUUCGCACAGUUCGUCUACCUCGUCCGCCGCGAUCUCGACAGGGCGGAGCACUACUUCAAGAGGGCGGCGUCGUCGAAGCCGGCGGACGCCGACGCGCUGAGUCGGUACGCAAGCUUCCUUUGGCUAGCGAAAAAGGACCUGGAAGCGGCGGAGGAGACCUACUUGGAAGCCAUCUCCGCCGAUCCCAGUAACACCUUCCACGCCGCCAAUUACGCCCACUUCUUGUGGAACACCGGCGGCGAGGACACUUGCUUCCCCCUCAACGAAGGCGGCGACGACCAGUAGUUAACACCGCCUACGGAUUCCAAAUCUCCGGCGAACCCUCCAUCCAAAAAAUCAAAUCUUGGGCGAAGCGAUUGUAUAAUGAUCACUACCACAACAACUCCCGUCUUUGGAGAAUGCGUCCACGGGAUAUAUCUGCCAUCUCGAUGUGUAGAAUAAUAAAUUUCGAUCUCCAUAUUUACUGAUCCCAGCUACUUUUCAUUA